UAGUUCUCUCCACAUAAAAUCGACUCUUAUUAAUGCAUGUGCGUCUUGUUUUGUUGUGUCAUUUUGCUAAAUGGCAGCGUUUUAGAGGUAUCGGAUUUUGAUAUAUCGGUGGGUGGUUGUGGUCUGGUUUUGAAAGUAAUAACGUAAGCGGGCUAGUUUUAGUCCUUACAUAAGUUCUAUGUCGAUAAGGUUGUUAUUAAAUUCCAGAAAUAUGUACGAUAAGGGAUAUUUACUUCAGAGUUGUUUCUUCAAAUUUCACUCAAAUCUCUGGCAAAAGAUAUAUCUCAGUUUCUUUGUUGGCUUUGUGUCAUGAUUCUAAUUUAUAGUCUUUGCAGCGUUUUUAAACUGGUCACAUUUUUUGUUGCUAUUUUCUGUAUUUUGUAUCUGUCAAUGGUUUUCAAUUUCUAUCCAGCACCCCAUCAAUCAGUAAUGGGACCUUUGAGAUAAUAAAAAGGGAAAGUCUAUUUUCCACUUGGGAAGUAAAUUUUGUCGAUAUAUCCCCUUUUCACCCCCAGGUGGUAAACAAUUUGAGUAGCGUCUCUGGAUAGUGGAAAUUUGUUGACAAACUGGCGAAAUACGUCUCGCGCUUAAGAACUCUGUCUUGUAGGAUUAAGGAAACAUGACAAUUCAUUGUGUUAACUUACCGUUGAUAUUACUUAGUGAGUAAUAUCGGGACACCAACCGAGUGGUGUGCUGUCAAUGGUUUAUCUUCAAUCAUUAGAAUAGGGCUUCAGUUCGUUGGAUCACACGUCCCCCGUGAUUUUUUCCUUAAAGUCUUUUUGAAGACUGGCAAGAUGGGUAUUUAUUUUUGUUUCUGUUUAAAUGUUUGUGCGGAUCUGUGUGGCAAGGCGCAACACCCGAAUCAAGUAGUUAAAAUUUCACGACCACUACAAAUCUUACUAAUUUCCUGUCACACUAUUGUAGUACACGGUCUUGGGCUAACUUACACUUAUAUCAGGCUCUACGUUGAUUAUGACUAACGAGACCUUUAGUAAGUAUCCAGAUGUGUCGUUUCUUGGUUUUGGCGGUUGUAUUCGCUUCCCAAAUAUAGUAUUGAGCUAAAGUACACGGCGACAUUCGUCGAGGUGAUAAAUAUUAAAACGUCAGAUGUCUCAUAAUAACCGAUGAAGUGGUCGUUCAUUCUCAAUCCAGGAGAUUAGAUUGAUAGGCAGAUCACUCUAAGGAAUAGUUCAACUGGCUCACAGUUACCCACUAUUCCCGAACAAUCUAAGCUAAAAGUUGACCUGUCCCCCAUAUCUCUGUGAAGUCAAAAAGGCUAUAGGCAAUCUUAACAAUGAGAGAACAGCGGAACCUGAUUAAUUAAGCUCGAAAACACUCGAGGGUUGUGGUCCGGUCUUAUAAGCUAAGUUCACUGGUACUGGCUAGAGUUCGACAGAUGAACGUAAUUCUAUUUUUCUGGUUUCGACCGCUAAUCGCCUGUUCAUGAGAAAUGAUGCAUAUCCUCUAGUGAUAACCACAAAAUAAUCAGUUUGACUAAUUGUUCGAAAAAUUUGCCUCGAUAAUCAUCCGACGUCUAACCGGGGUUCGCAAAAAGCAGACCUCGGUAAACAAGGCUGGCUGGUUUUGAACCUGGUUGUGGCUAUGAAACAUGGUCUACAAAAGUAGAACACAUGCCUAGGCUCAAGGUUUUCGUACAUAAGUGUCUUCGAAGCAUUUCUCACGUUACGUGUACUAACCGAGUGAGCAAUGCUGGGAUGAGUCCUAGAGUACUAGGUAAAGAUGGUGGGCUGAUUGAAGUAGCGAAUCUUCGACUAAUUGGAAUAUGUAGUACGUGUGUCCAACCACCGCCUUUCUCGAAGAGCAUUGUUGUUUAGUGUAGGAGUGUGGUAGAAGGCUAGUGGUGGCCUAACGAAGACGAGACGUCAGUCCAUUAGGUCACCGGCCGUUGAACUGAGCCUUGUUUAGGUAGGGGUAAACCUUCUGGUUGGGGUCCGUGUAAUAGCUUUAAUCAGCGAUUAGAGACUCGUGACACGGCUAAAAACUAUUCACAACGAUUCAGAUUCACCCAUUCUUGAGUUCCAUUAUUCCCUCAUAAAUAUCUUUCUUUGUGCCUUUUCAAACCAUAUUCCCGAUGUUUAGCGUUUCUCACUCAUUCAGUCUAGUCAGUAACAACGUAGAACUUCGUACGUACGUACAUCAGUUCGAGUUGCCACACCACAUUACCACAGAGAUACAAUUGUCGAUUCAAAUCCCGGAGUGGUAGAGGUAGUAAGAGUAUAAGCAGUAAUCGGGAAGAUUAGGGUUUGGAGAUGUUAUUUAAAGAGUAUAAUCCAGUGAAAUAAAUUUGGGAAGAGAAAAAAAAGACAAGGAGGGAUAAGGAGACCGAACUUUGGGAGAACACAAAGAGUAGAUGCACCUGCGCCAUUGCAAACGAUUUUGAGCCAUGUCAUUCAGGGUCUCUAACCAGUUGUGUUCGAGUAGAGAGCCUUUAUAAGGUUAAUGUACUUCUCUGGUACUCCUUUCAGUGACAAACGCUGCCAUAGAACUUCACGUUCAAGAGUCGAAUGCCGCAUUAAGGUCGAGAAAUACUACGAUUGUGGGGCGUCUGAAUGUGUGUCUGUGUUCUAGAACCUGACGUAGUGUGAAUAUCUGAUCUAUACAACCACGUCCAGGUCGAAAACCGGCCUGGUUUUCUCUAAUCUGCUCUUCACGAGCUUUGAUUAGGCGUCGAAGUAUUAUUGAAGCUAAUAUUUUAGAUACUAUAUUAGUCAAACUGAUUCCUCUGUGAUUGUCACAAGAGAACUUUUGUCCUUUCUUAUAGACUGGCACAAUCAGUGACUCAGACCAGUCAGAUAGGAUUACGUCCGAAUUCCAAAUUCUACCUAAGACCUCGGUUAAUCUCAUUGCUAAUACUGGACCACCAUCCUUAAAAAAUCUCAGGAGUAAACCUGUCAGGGCCUGCUGCUCUCCCUCGUUUCAGAUUUCCUAUGGCUUUUUCAACUUUGUAAAGAGUCGAAGGACCUGAAUUAACUUGCCAUUCAGGUUGACUGGAGAUCGUGGGAAACCGAAGUGUAGCUGAAGGCCAGUUGAACUGACCCCUAGUGUUCUGCCCAUCGAUCCAAUCUCCUGGAUUGAGAAUGUAUAAUAUGUCCAUCUUUCUCUGAGAUUGUUUUUCACUAUCAUUGCUACUACGUUAUUCCUAUAUCUUCUAAAAUUCGUCUUAUUUAUUUCAUUUUGUGCUAAUGGGUUGUGACAAAAGCACUUAAAUAUCAGGCUCGACGAUGAUGACGUAUAUAUAUCAGUCGUCUGAUUUGGUAAUCGUGUACCACGUAAUGCACGGUAGUAUUUUCUGAGUCUAUUCCCAAGUCUAAGUAUGUUUAAAUUCAUUAUAUGCAAUGAAUUAUUAACCACAUAAAUCAUACGUCUAAGCCCAUUUUAUUCCUGUGUAAGCGGCUUGUAUCGCCUAGCGUGUAAACCAACCUAACAUAGACGUAUAUUGAUUGUAGUAAGUCUCAUGGUUUAUUAUUUAUUUUCCAGACAGGUCAAUUUAGCAAGAGAUCCCAGUCUGAUAACCUUUUUAACCCGCCCAUAAGUUUAGGUGGUUUGCAUCUGACACCGUGAAGUAUUUCAUUCAGAAAUUGGUAAGUAAAGGUUCUUAGAAUGUGAAUUUUAAAAACUAGGAACACUAAAUAGGCAUGUGUUUCAGUAGUCUGACCUAUGACCUAUCAGUUAAAUGUAAAAGUUUCCCAUAGGGACAAUAAACCAAAAUGACUUUCGCCACUGUGAUUUCGAAAAUAUGUCUUGAUUGAGAUAAAGUUGAUAUUGUAAAGAUUUUCACUGUAUGAUGUGGUUAUCAAUUGGUGAUCUUGGUGCUUGGUCAUCUAAGUCAUUAUUGGCCCAAAUCAUGACCAAGGCAUUCAUGUAGUUUAUCGUUAAUAGCAAGUGUAGGUUACAACAAGCUAUUUGAGUGUAUUUAUUCAGUCUUCUUCAACAUAAGCUUGUAGGUCCUUGGAAGAACUAUGGCCACCUUUAUGAAACAUCCAAACUACUUACGGUUAAUUGUAUGUCGAGUUAAACUGUCGCUCCACAUCAGACUAAAGUGGGCGAAACAAGAUUUUAACUUGCGAACCAAUGGUUGAAAGUUAACUGCUUUAACGAUUAAACUCUGCUUUAUGACACCGAAUUCCUCAAUACACAAACAUUUUUGGUUGAAAACUGACAACCUACGAAGGUCGUCCAUUUUCACAGGUUAUAUUUCUCAGGUGUAUAGCAAAAUGAUACAUACUACUCUCCGUUUGAUGGACAGUCAGACUUAUCUGUGUCAAAUAUGGUGCUAAUUAAUAAAAGACAAGCGAGAUUUUCGUAUGUGCCAAGAUUUUGUCAGUAAUUGAAGCACCAGGGAUGAUUAGACCUUCAAGAUGAUUAUUUCACUCACAACGGUCAAACUGGGCAUUGAUACUGACCAAUUUUAAAGUUUUUGUAUAUAGGAAGACUCCAAGGGUUAUUACUUUGUUACUCAAGGCAUUUAGUUGACUGCGUUCUUAGUAUUGAACAGGGCUGCUGUCUCCAUAUACUAGGUCGAUAAGAGAACCACCUGGUGAGAGAUCAUCGUACAAUCUAUUAUGGUCGCAGUUAAUUCUCAUCUUAGUACAUAGACAACAUAAAUUAUGUCUACAAUAAUUUAGUUCUGAACGUUAAGGUAUUUUUAAUGGUAAAGUUAUCCGUGUGAAUUUACGCUUAUUUGUGGUAAGUACAAUGUUCCUUCAUUCCGGUUGAGAUCAAGAUUAGUUUUGUCUAACAUCUGAUCAUAUUGUUUCUUCAAAUUAAUGGCUAUGCUCUGCUCUUAAAACCUCGCAACCCAUCGAAAAGUUCGUGUCCAAGUAAGCAACAUAAUGGUCCGUUCCACGUAAUCAUCAGGUUUAAUGUAGACAAAAUGUAACUGUUAUAUCCGAGUGAAGAUUAAUUUACGGGUAACUUCCGAGGACUAUUAAUGGACUAAUAUUCUUAUUGUAUAACUAUUCAAUAAUUAUUCUGUUAAGUCUAAUGGUGUCUUUGGACUUUAAAUGGACAUUUCCUAUUGGUCAAUAUUUAUUUCACUUGUCAAAUAUUGUACAAAUGUUGUUUUCUAUUUUAUGGUACGAUGUGGUCUGCUUGAUUGGUAUAUAAACAGAGUAUGUUUGAAAUACAUGAUUCGAUUCAUAUUGCGGAAGCUGGUAUUGUGUUUUGGACUCAAGUAGACGGGCUAGAAGGACCUAGGACCAAUAAGGCGCUAGACUGCUCACACCGGUUGAACGUUAUUGGUUGGCCUAGUGUGAAGAUUCGUAUAAGUCGUAUUCGGAUUGGUGGAUAAUUCGUGUGAUAGAAAAGCCAGACACCGAAGGCCAUAACAGUACCAGAAAUUUAUCCCAGUAUAUCAUAGCCCUUUCCUCAAAUGUUAACUAAUCCAUCUCUUAGCACUAAAUUUUCAAACAGAGUUUAAAGUAUGUUUACUAGCUAACAUAAUUUUCAUUGUUAAUUUAUUUUAAUGUUUUGACUCGUUCUAGAUAUGGGAUCUUCUGAAGCCAGCACACGUCGUCGAGUAAAGUUGUACAUGUUGAAUGAUGAACGACAAUGGGAUGAUAAGGGCACUGGUCACGUGUCAGCAUUGUAUACUGAGCAGGAGAACAUGGCCCUAGUAGUAAUUUCAGAGACAGAUGGGUCUUAUCUUCUUGAGUCAAAAAUACAGCCAGAUACAGCGUAUCAAAAGCAGCAAGAAACACUAAUUGUCUGGUCAGAAGGUGAAAAUAUGGAUUUAGCUCUAUCUUUCCAAGAAAAGGUUGGUUGUGAUGAUGUAUGGGAAAAAAUUUGUGCUGUACAGGGAAAGGAUCCAUCGGUAGAGAUUACUCAAGAGGUUGUUGACGAGUCAGAUGAUGUUGAUGACACAGAUGGGUAUACACCGACAAUGAUGCAAAGUAUUCAACCUCUUAGUCUUCCACCUUGUGAACUGAGCCGUCUUGAAGAAGUUGUUGAGCUAGUUAGUCAAGCUGUCGCAUCACCUCCGAAACGCGAGCGAUUGGUGGCCUUUUUAGAGUCAACUAAUUAUCUCCAUCAGUUAGUCGAUGUCUUUCACAAGGCAGAAGAUCUGGAAGAUAUGGAAUCGUUGCAUCAUCUUUACGAAAUAAUGCGACAACUUAUAUUGGUAAACAAACAUAGCCUUUAUGAAAGUUUAUUCGCUGAUGAUAUGCUGUUGGAUGUGAUUGGUAUUUUGGAAUACAAUCCUUCUGGGCGCACUAAACAUCGUGAUUUUCUCAGAAAUAAGGCUACUUUCAAAGAAGUUUUGCCUUUGCAUAAUACAGAUUUAGUGACAAAAAUACAUCAAACAUAUCGCGUUCAGUACAUACAAGACUGCUGUCUCCCACCUCCUUGUUUAUUCGACGAACACACUCUUUCCCAACUUAAAGCAUUUGUUUCUAUAAACAAGAUGGAGAUUAUUCGGGCUCUUCAAGAAGAUGAAGAGUUUAUGUGCCGACUUUUUACACGUUUGAAAGCGGCGGAUACAGACCUAACUCAUCGCAGAGACCUAUCGCUCUUUGUAAAGGAAUUUUGUAAUAUUUCCAUCCAAACAGAUCAGAAAGAAAGUUUUCUCAGUUGUUUACUUCAACAUGGAGCACUAAGAACAGCUGAAGUACUCCUCGCAAUUGAUGAUCGAGAUAUAAAGUCAGCGGCUCUCGAGAUUCUCCAGGCAUUUAUUGAGCACCAGCCCUCUGUUGUGCGUGAAUAUGUCUUCAGAGAAACUGCUCCGUUCCGAAAAGACGAUGAAUUACUCAUUAAUCUUAUGAUAAGUCAAUUACUCACUGAUCCAGAUCCAGACACUUUUUGUAGAACUUAGUGAUGCUUUCCUUUUGGGUUACAUGUUGCGCAUUCUUAUCGAUCCAGACAAUAUGAACAAUUCCGGUGUCCGUAGCGAAAAAACAGAUUUUCUCAGUUUUUUCUAUAAACGAUGCAUCAAUACACUUGUUCGUCCAUUAUUUGAUAAUACUUCAAAAGAUACACUGGAGAAGGAUGAUUAUCACACUGCAUUAGUUUUGAACCAUAUAAUUGAAUUGCUCACGUUCUGUAUUGAAACUCAUACAUACCACAUGAAGAAUUACUGCUUUAAUCGUGAUCUACUAAAACGUGUUCUCGUUUUAUUGCUAUCAUCUCAUAAAUUCCUUGUGUUAGCUGCUUUACGCCUUCUAAGACGUGUUGUCCAUAUGAAAGAAGAAUUUUAUAAUCGUUAUUUGAUCAAAAACAAUCUUUUUAAACCAGUUUUGAAGCUCUUCGUUUCCAACGGAUAUCGUUACAACCUGUUGGACUCAGCUAUUAUCGAACUUUUUGACUAUAUUCGCUCUGAAGAAAUAACUUCAUUAAUUACCCAUAUAAUAGAAAAUUAUUGGGAUAUUUUGAAAAAUAUAAAUUACGUACAAACGUUUACCGAUCUAAAACGAGCAUACGAUCACAGUCAUCGUUCAGUUAGGACUGUUGUUGGAACUGUGACCCAGCAAGCGACAUUAGAUGUGUAAGUUUUAUUUGUUUGAACUUGGUAGCAGUUUGUCUGCGUUAUUUCUUUUUGUUAUCAGUGGGAUUAUAAAGUGAGGGCACUUGUUGUACAAUUUCUUAAAGAAAUAUCCUAUAACUAUCAAUACAUAUACUGUCGGGUUGAAAUCAUUCAUUUAAAGAGGAGUAUCUACUUAUUUUCAAAAUUCAAAUAAGUCUUGAUUGUCGUAAAGUUAUUUGGUGUCGUUAACCUUCAUUAAUUAAUCUGGAUUGCUUUGUGAAAAGAUAUUUCUAAUGUUUCUUUUAUAAAAUGAACUCUAAUGGCUUCUAGUUCAUUUGAGUGUUAUUUACAACGAAAUUACCUCUAUUGUCAAUUUAAAUCUAACUUAUUUACCUAUCAACAAAGUAUGAGAUAUUAUUUAUGAUUGUUUAUAAUCUGACUCAGAUUUGAAUUUACGAUGCCCGUUAGAUCCUUCCGAAGUUAUUAAGUGUUUUGGAAUUGUAUUUACGACCGACGUUAUUUUCAUUCCGAAGAAAGAAAGUGUGGCAAUGGGUUCACCAGUUUCUCGAUUGUAGCGAAUUUACGCAUGCAUUCUCUAGAAACCAGUGCGACCACAAGAUGUGUAAAUCCCCAAAAGUCUGGUUAUGGUAUGCAGAUGACAUUUUCAUUAAACGGAAUGAUUUUGAAGAAUUGUUUGAAAAUGUAAGCAUCUCGGAGAGCAUCAAGGUAACAAAUGAAGUAGAGUCCAAUGACCACAAAUUAGCGUUUCUCGAUUGUUUGGUUGAGCGAAGUUACAAUAAUAAGUUGAAAAUAAAUGUAUUCAGGAAAUCAACACAUUCUUAGAGAUACUUAGAUUACGGUUCGGCUCAUGCGUAUUAUACAACGGUCACAGUUGUACAAAAUUUAAUUAAAGGAUUAUUAAUCUCGGUACAGAAAAGGAAGACCAACAGAUUGAAUUGAAUGUAAUUUUGUCUACACUUAAGGCCAACAAUUACCCCGGAAAGUGUUCAAAGAUGAUGAAAAUGAAAGGAAAAACUAAAUUAGGAAUAUACCGAAAGAUUGGAAGUCCACCGUGGUCAUCCCAUACCGUAGUGAAACAUUGGAAGAAAUGAAGAGGAUUCUAAACAAACAUGAUAUGAGUGUAUUUUCUGGCUAGUGACACCAUAAGACCAGCAUUAGUGAAAGUUAAGGAUAGAUUUCAUAAUGAAGAACAGAAUAUUGUCUAUGAGAUCAGCCGCGAUGAUUGUAAUGCAGCGUAUGUGGGAGAAACUUCAAAAUAAUUGAAUGUGAGGUUGAAGGAACACAAACAAUGUUUGGGAAAUUUUCCCAAAUCCUCGGUUGAUCUGAAGAAACUUGAAGUUAGAUUGGCGAUAGCGUUACAGGCUGGCUUCAGAACUUGUUGUAUCUGCAUCGAUCACAUAUUCACCAUUCGUCAGGUUCUAGAACACAGGCAUACUUAUCGGCGUCCGACAAUGGUGAUCUUUCUUGACUUAAAAGCAAAAUUUGACUCUGUGGACCGAGAGGUUCGGGGACAGUGUCUAUCGUUGAAAGGCGAUUCUUAGAAGUACAUAAACCUUGUUAAGGUUCUUUACUUGAACACUACCAACGAACUGUCAUCUGAUUUCGUAACCUCAAGUGCUGUCCGUCACGUAUGCCCACUAUCUCUAUUUCUGUUUAAUUUCAUCAUAGAUAUACUGAUGGAAACAGCGUUCUCGUCGACUGAAUUUUCGGGCAUUGACCUCCUGGAAGGAGGUCCACUUAUCGACUUAGAAUACGCAGAUGAUAUAGUCCUGUUUAGUGAAGACACUGAUAAAAUGCAGAGUGUUUUGGUAGCACUGGACAACAAUGCCAGAAUGUUCGGAGUGAGUUUCUCCCUCUCCAAAUGCAAGUUGUUGCUUCAGGACUGGUCUGUGUCAACACCUGAAAUAAGGAUAGGGAGUGAAGUAGUCGAACGCGUCGACAACUUCGCUCAUCUUGGAAGUCUGGUCAACCCUAAUGGGUUGGUGUCUGACGAAAUCUCUGGACGGAUUCGAAAAGCUCGUUUGGCUUUUGCCAACUUACGUCACCGAUGGCAAAGGCGAGGUAUCCGUUUGUCAAUUAAGGGACGAGUGUACUGUGCAGCAACCCGUUCUGUUCUACUUUACGUCUGCGAAGCGCAGUCAAUAAAAGUAGAAAAUGUUCGUGAUUUACUAGUAUUUGGUCACAGAUACCUUAGAAAUAUUGCCAGCAUUUGCUGGGAUCACCGGGUAAGUAAUAGUGAAGUUAGACACAGGGUAUUAGGGAACGAUGGUAAAUCAGUUGAUGAAGUUGUGAAUCUUCAUCGACUGAGAUGGUUGAGCCACGUAAAAGAAGCUUUUGCUCAAGUGGCUUCCGUAUCUAGUAACAUUCUGCAAUUCAUGUGUCCAUGUAGCCAUUUUGAUGUAUUUAACAUCACAGCGGGAAAUAUAAGUAAAUCAGAAUGAACUCGAGUCCUGAGUCUUUUAAAAUAUUUCACGUUUCCUAUUGAAUGAUUCCUAGAAGUCUCUUGAUCACCUCAGACUAGAGAAUUACAGAAUUUGGUCAUUCGUAAAGGAAAAGUGUGUCUACAGCCCAUUUUUCUGUGCUGUGUCUCUAAAUAUGAGACACUGUAUUUAAUGUUUAUAUCGAGACUGAGGUUAUUUAAUGAUUUUAAAAGAUGCUCAGGAGUGUUCAAGUACUUUAAGCCAUAGGCUGUAGUUAUUCUACUGUUACUACCGGUCUCAAGCGCAAGUAAAGGAGGAGAGUUGGGCAUCCAUCCCAUCCCGUAAAAAACAAUUUUCCUGAAAAAACGCUAACCAGAAUUAAUAAUAUAAACUACCUUGGGGGUUGAAGGAUCUUUCAGAACAAUUAUGAUGCCUCAUGGUGAAAGCUUAGAUUCUUCGGCAGUUAUGAGGCCGAUACUACUUCUAACAACCAGAGCAACAAUUAAUAUAGGUACACGGAACGUCUGGACAAUGUGGGAGACCGGGAGGACCGAUCAAAUAGCUGCGGAAAUGAGGAGAUACAACUUGCCGGUGCUCGGAUCCAGUGAAACCCAUUUAACCCAAAGUGGAUAGAAUAAUAGAUUUGGGAGUGAUCCUGCUGCACUCCUGUCACAAAGAAGAAAAUGUUGCUCAUACUCAGUGAGUUGCUCUAAUGCUGUUCAAAGAAGCACGUAAAGCGAUUAAUCAGGGGGAAAUUUCGUGGACCCAGGAUCACCAGAGCAUCUUUCAAAAUAAAGGAGGAAAUUAUAAUCAAUCCAGUGUUAUGCACCCACCAAUGAUAGCAACGACGGCAAUGAAGAUCAGUUCUGUGAGAGGCUGCAAUCAAUCAAAGCAAAUUGCCCAGGAAAAGACCUGACCAUCCUGAUGAGAGAUCUAAACAGAUUGGUGAUAAUUGUGAGUGGUAAAGUCAUAAUGUGGUGCUACUUAUAUUGAUAUAAGUAGUAUAUAACGCGAGUUAAAGAACGUAAUGUCUGGCAGCAGAAGAUGGGGGAAGAGCGAGAACACAAUGGAUUGAUGUUUGCAACGGCAACAGUCCGGUUUGAUAUGAUGGAAUGAUAUUUUACAAAUUAUCGAUUUACUAUUUGGUUUUUCUAUUUUACCAAGUAACUCUGUAAUUUUGUGCUAAAUACAUUCGGUUGUCCCCACCCAUGUUCUUGUUCACUACAAUAACAGCUACCACAUGGUAAAUGUCCAGUAACAAGUAAUUAGACGCCAUCUCUACCCAACCUGUUGUUUUCACACGCAUUGUUAUUCGUACUUAUUUACGCCUGUUGCUCCUCGUAGAGGGGCAUAGGUCACCCACCACCCACUCUUCUCUACCUGUCUCCGUCCUGGGCAAUCCUUCCCAGUUGUUAUUCAUCCUUACCAUGUCUUUCAGUUGUCGGCGAAAUCUGUUCUUUGGUCUUACUCUUUUCUGUUUCUCUUCAUGAUUCCAAGUUAGCAAUUGCUUCGUGAUGCAGUUUGGUGGCUUUCACAAUGGAUAUCCUAUCCACUUCCAACAUCUAAUUUCUUAAUCUGAAAGCUGGUUUUGCUCUCUCCUAUGGUAGGUUGUUGCUGAUGGUAUCCGGUCAACGGACAUUCAGUAUUUUGCGUAGGCAAUUGUUAUUCUGACAGAAAUUAAUUGGGAUAUUUUAGUAUCACAAUUAUAUAUUUGUUGGUUCUCAGUUCAUACGCACAUCGAUAGUUCACAAACAAUUCCAACUUUCAAUUUGUACUUUUAUUUUUACUUCAUAUAACGAAAAAUUAACACCCAAUAUCAACUUUCAGUAACUCAAACUUGCACACACAAUCAUUCAUGCAUUUAUCUCCACAUUGCGAACUUUUCACAUGAUCGGCACAUAACUGACUCAUGUUAUCCUACUUACAUGAUUGGAUAAUGAAAGUGAAAAAUUAUUCAUUGUUAAGCAUUAUAUAUUUGGUAGUUUUGGUUUUGAUUACCUUGAAGAGGUCUGGGCGAGAUUGCUGGACGAAACGUUGGGAUUAUGUAAUUUUCAGUCGCUGAGAUUAUUUCAAAUAUAAUUUUACAAGUAAUGUUAAAUCUCUGUAGUUUUUAUCACUUUCUUGAUGCUCGAUUGUUUACGUGUUUUUGUUAACUUGAUAAUUUAAGGCUUUCUUUGACUUCUACGCGUUUCCAACGUGAUGCACGUGCACUAGAGAUGGAAGAAGAACAAUGGUUUGAUCAGGAUGAAGAUGAGGAAGAGGAAGAAGAUGGAGAUAACCUAUUCCCACAACACUCGCCAACAUUGCUCAAUAGAACGACAAAUGCUUCUGCUAGUGCAAGUGAACCUACUGUUGGAAGUGGUUUGUCAAAUCUCCCUUCAUAUGGGCUACAUUCUGUAAUCACUACUUCGUCAGAUUUAUUGGGUAUUGUUACGUCUUCAGAUACGCAAUCUAGUUUGGUUUCUUUACCAUCCUCGGUCGCACCAAGCAAUUCUAGUCUUGAUUCAUGCGCUAGUGUUCUGCCUCAUCCACCCAGUUUUUCACCGAAAUCUGUAAUGGAUAAUUUAACUGACAAUUUAUGCAUACCUCCACGUUCGGGAUCUCUGUGCGAUAGACUUCGUGUACGUCCUCACACUGUUCUUUUGAAUGAUGAUAAUGAGUCUUCUGCAGCACGUCUUAAUUUUGGUCGUCAAACUCCUAUAGCGAUUCAUAUCAAAUCAUUGUGUAGAGAGAAAAUAGAAACAAUGAGUGAUGGAUUUGAAAUAAGUGGUCGAUUAAAUCCAUCUUUAUUAGCGUCAGAUACCAGUUUAUCAAGCGCCAGAAAUCCUAACCAUAUUGAUGAUAAUGAAUAUAAAGAAAAUGUAACCGGUUCGAAUUCAAGUGAUGCACAAAACUCAUCAGUAUCAAGUCCCAUUAUGUCUGAUAUUUCCCAUAAAAUAAAGCGAAAUCAUAUCGAUCCUCCUGUUGAAAAUGAGGACUGCAAUUUAGUCCAGGUAAAACGUUUGAAAAAAUCUAGACAGUCAAGUAACAAGUCAUCAUCCCAAGAUUUUCACCUACACAAAGAAACAGUUAUCUUGGAAAACAGCUACGCUGACAAACUUCCUCAUGAGACAAAUAAUACAAAAUCAUUUGAGGUGGGUUAAUUGUUUUAAUUUCUCAUCAGUGAGGUGUUUAAGCGAGUAGUUGCUUAUUUUAGAUUCGCUUUAUUAUAAUCAAGAAACUAUUUAUGUUAGUAAAAUACUUUUAAAUAUUCAUCAGUGCUUAAAAUUGCAUUUCAGUAUCCACAUACUUACGCCCAUUACUUCCAAUGGAGCAUAGGCCUCCGACCAGCAAGUAUCCACAUAUGUGUACAUAUUUAAUCCUGCUUUUAAAUCGAAAUUAUUGUAAUAAUAUGAAGCGAAUGAGUAUUAAUGUAAUCUACCAACAUCACUCAUUUUCAUCCUAAAUGUGCAUAAACUCUUUAUGUUAUCGGAUUAAAUGUGGUGGACUGAGUAAUAGUCAACAAACUAAAUUGAUGAGCUACAGAUUUCUAAUAAAUUUGUUUCGUUACUCUGUUUAUCGAAAGGGUUGAUUAAUAAUCUUAUUACAUACCUCAUACUCAGUAGAUGGGAUUUACACUGAAAUGAUAAAGCUGAACGAAACUAAAUUAAAACAUGUUACAAACGGUUAUUGUGAUCGAUUUUGUAUUAUUUAUUUCUAACACAAAAUUCUUGCAUUAUAGGCUUAAAGAUAUCUCCUACAUAAAAUAAAACGAAGAAACAAGGAACAUUAUGUGAUGAAUAGCAAGAGUUAGAAGUAUUAAAGAACUUUGGGCGCAACCCAAAUAUACUUUGUUCGACUCAAAGAAACAUUUUAAUUUCUAUGAAGAAUACAUUUAAAAAAUGAUCAUAGGAUCACUGGUUUAUUAUGUAGGCCAUUCAUUUCGAUUGACAUGGUUUGUAUAAAAUCUGGGAUUCUCCUUAGAUGUUUAAACCAAGCAGGUGAUUCUUUCAUAGAAUCAAUCUCUGGACCUAUGGUCUACAGUUUUGUUAUGUAGCAACAUACUGACUUAAAUCCACUUGGUAUUGCUUGCUUGUAUCUUCCUAUUGUUGUUAAGGACUGCAAUUUAUCAGUCUCAAAUAGGACGAAAGGCGCGUCCUGGAUUCCACUGCUAGCCACCGUCAAUCUUAACAUACUGACUAUUAUGAAUGACGAUAAGUUAACCAUAAAAUACAAAUCUUCUGUUUAACUAUAUAUAUUACAUUUACAAUUGAUUGAUCACUGCGUAGUGAUCAAUGUCAUGUAUGUCAGUUCCUUCCUAGUGCAGAUAGAUCUAAUCUCCAAAGUUGUAAUUUGGCCACUAGUCUAGGUGACUUGACAUUGCGUGCACCAUGUUGAGAUAAGAUGGUAUUUGGAGGUGGUCGAAAGGAAACCCUGGACCUAGGUUUAGUACUAUUUGGCACUCGUCAACAAGUUGUACCUGUGAUCUUGAGGGAACGGAUGCUCACUGGCUGAUGCGAUCCCUUAUCACCCAGCUUCGCAGUCAGAGACGUUACCACGUGGUCGAUAGGAUUCGAUCUGCACUAAGAAGGACCUGACACACAUGACAUCGAUGAACACCCAGUGAUCAAUCAAUUGUAAAUACAUAGUACAACUUAUUUCGCCGAGUCCUAGAACCAAUGCUUUGACUUCAAAGCUAUGAUUUUUAAACUCGAGCAUUCCCGUGGCGUGAAGGCAGUGAGUUAAACUUUGUAUGAGGGUAUGCCUCACUCUAUUGCACUUGAACAUUUGUGGAAUACACCGCAUUUUCAAUUUCCUCUGAUGUUUUAACUGGGACUGAUAUUGUUUAUCUAUUUUUUAUGAAUGCAUGGUAAAUAUAUAAAAUCUAUUAACACAUCGAAACCUCAUAGUAAGUCUAAAAAUCAUGUAUUUUAUUUUGAGUUGUUUGUGUCUAUUGUAUGUUUUUGAUUGGUGCAAUAAAUGACAUAAUCCCGGUAACAAUCAUAAAAGAGUAACAUCACAUGUUCUAUCAAUAAUUCAUUUGACCUAUGCUUGUAGGUUAUAGAAGCUGAUCCAUUGUCUCCUAUUGGUUUGGUGGAUUAUUCAGAUGAAGAAAGUGAGGAAGAGGAACAAAUAAAAGACGAAAAUGACCACAUUCAAUUUGAAGAAAAUCAAACAUCAAAUAAUGACGUUGAUGGGUCUCAUCACAACAUAUCGGAUGUUUCAUCCAGUCAAGUGGUGACAGAUGUAGUCUAAAAUUGUACAAAGUUGUUAAGCAUCCAUUCCUUACUUUUUACAAAAGUGAUGAGACGUCGAAAUGAACCAUUUCUGUGCCUUUGUCUUACAACUUAAGGGAAUAUUUUUUUAACAAAAGUGAUUUCAUCAAUUUUGUUAAAACCACCAACCAUCCAGGUUGAGAUGCUUAAGACAUUGGCUAUGCCAGUGGUUCUUCGUCAUUUCUCCUUUAAUUUCCAUCUUCAGUAAAUGCGCCAAACUUCUAAUUUUUCCUGUCUAUUACCCAGCGCGCAUUUUGUACAUAGAAACAUUGUAUUGAUUGACUGGGGGAUCUAAAAAUAAUUUUAUGUAGAGAAAUGUUUGUAUAACUAAUAGGCAUUUGCCUUUUGUAAAUGCGCUUUGUUUAAUAAUGUUUAUUGUAGACACCUCAAAUUGUUUCAGAAUUUUUUUCUCAAUCCGUCAAUUGAAAUGAAUAUAUCAUAACACAUGUCUUAAUACUUAAUUGAUAUGUGUAACGUCAGUCUGUGUUGAUAUGUUGAAUGGUCACUCGUUUGUUUUUCGCAUACGCCUUUCUGGUUCCGGAUAAUUUUUCAUGCGCCCGUUAUUUCGUAUUCGGUAAACAGUUGACUUACUCAAACGUUUUAUUUCCCGAUUGGUAAAAGAUUCUGAUUAUAAAUCUAUGAGGAACAUGACGUAUGGUGAAGCAAUGUAUUCGUUACCUAAAUCAACCAAUCUACCCUCCAUCUAUUUCGUCGUCACACUGCUCCGUAAACCACAUUCACGAAUUUUGAUUUACUCACGUGUCCGAAAUUUAAUUAUCUCAUGAUUACAUUUAGGAGUACUCUGACUACGCAUAUACAGGAUGCCUACGAUCAUAGACCAAUUAACUCCUGAUAGUUACAUACUUUUGAUAAAGCCGUCUGACUUGUGUACUGAGAUGACUGGCGUAGACUACAUUUGUGGUGUGUGCUAUUUAUACGUACAGUUAUAAUUAUUAUACAUCAGGUAUGGAAAGUAGGAUUCGUACUGACAGUAGAGGAAAAUGAAAAGAAGAGAAAACUGAAAACAACAGGAAUCGAAUGACGAUGAAGAUAGAAGAACUCAGCUACAACGUAGAACCAGACACACAUAUGCAUCGGUCCAAGUUGCCUCAACAAAAUGAACACCAAAUUCAUAAAAUUAGUUAAUUCAGAGGUGGUAAUAUAUAAAAGAAAGAUUGCAUAUAAGGAUAUAGUACAGGAAGAAAGAAUUGGUUCGUAGAAAGAAAGAUAUGAAGCGAUUUUAGUCUCUUAGUUUAAGGGAAGACAGAGAGUAUAUACACCGACGCCAUUGUGAUCGAUUCUGAGCCAUGUCACCAAGUCUCCAACCAUUGGUUACGAUAGUCACACGGACCCUAACCAAGUAGUCUGCAUCUCCCAACAUGGCUCAGACUAGAAGUUAGUGACUUCAAGCACUGAUGCAACGUUUUCGUUUGGCCGCCCCUAACUUUCUUCCAACCACCCCCAACACUAGCCCGACCGAAGCUGCUACCUUGACGCGGUGGUCGGGCUUGCCUAUUGUGAUGACCCAACCGAGCUAUAUUGGCUGGAACAUAUGUUCCUGUAGGUUCUACCAUGCCAGGCAGGUCUACUGGAGAACGGUAAGACUAGAAGCAGCAACUCAAGGUCUGUGGGCGAAGUCGUACUGCUGACUGUAGAGAGGUGUGACAGCAGUAAGGUGUUUCCCUCGGACAACCAGCAUGACAGCGAUGCUGCCUUCCCACAAGAAGGGGUGGGGUUAGAAAAGGUCGGCCCUAAAAAUGUCACACCUCACCUUACCUCACGGAUUUCCGUCUCCGGCGGUAAGGCCCUUUCAAGAACGGAGCUAACACGUAAAAACCUCCCACGAAAAGGCCGUGCGCGACCGGCCUCAAGCAGUUGUACGUCGUGGUAAUCGGUGUUCAGGCAUACGUAACACGUGGCUCAACCAUCUCAGUCGAUGAAGAUUCACAACUUCAUCAACUGAUUUACCAUCGUUCCCUAAUACCCUGUGUCUAACUUCACUAUUACUUACCCGGUGAUCCCAGCAAAUGCUGGCAAUAUUUCUAAGGUAUCUGUGACCAAAUACUAGUAAAUCACGAACAUUUUCUACUUUUAUUGACUGCGCUUCGCAGACGUAAAGUAGAACAGAACGGGUUGCUGCACAGUACACUCGUCCCUUAAUUGACAAACGGAUACCUCGCCUUUGCCAUCGGUGACGUAAGUUGGCAAAAGCCAAACGAGCUUUUCGAAUCCGUCCAGAGAUUUCGUCAGACACCAACCCAUUAGGGUUGACCAGACUUCCAAGAUGAGCGAAGUUGUCGACGCGUUCGACUACUUCACUCCCUAUCCUUAUUUCAGGUGUUGACACAGACCAGUCCUGAAGCAACAACUUGCAUUUGGAGAGGGAGAAACUCACUCCGAACAUUCUGGCAUUGUUGUCCAGUGCUACCAAAACACUCUGCAUUUUAUCAGUGUCUUCACUAAACAGGACUAUAUCAUCUGCGUAUUCUAAGUCGAUAAGUGGACCUCCUUCCAGGAGGUCAAUGCCCGAAAAUUCAGUCGACGAGAACGCUGUUUCCAUCAGUAUAUCUAUGAUGAAAUUAAACAGAAAUAGAGAUAGUGGGCAUACGUGACGGACAGCACUUGAGGUUACGAAAUCAGAUGACAGUUCGUUGGUAGUGUUCAAGUAAAGAACCUUAACAAGGUUUAUGUACUUCUAAGAAUCGCCUUUCAACGAUAGACACUGUCCCCGAACCUCUCGGUCCACAGAGUCAAAUUUUGCUUUUAAGUCAAGAAAGAUCACCAUUGUCGGACGCCGAUAAGUAUGCCUGUGUUCUAGAACCUGACGAAUGGUGAAUAUGUGAUCGAUGCAGAUACAACAAGUUCUGAAGCCAGCCUGUAACGCUAUCGCCAAUCUAACUUCAAGUUUCUUCAGAUCAACCGAGGAUUUGGGAAAAUUUCCCAAACAUUGUUUGUGUUCCUUCAACCUCACAUUCAAUUAUUUUGAAGUUUCUCCCACAUACGCUGCAUUACAAUCAUCGCGGCUGAUCUCAUAGACAAUAUUCUGUUCUUCAUUAUGAAAUCUAUCCUUAACUUUCACUAAUGCUGGUCUUAUGGUGUCACUAGCCAGAAAAUACACUCAUAUCAUGUUUGUUUAGAAUCCUCUUCAUUUCUUCCAAUGUUUCACUACGGUAUGGGAUGACCACGGUGGACUUCCAAUCUUUCGGUAUAUUCCCUAAUUUAGUUUUUCCUUUCAUUUUUCAUCAUCUUUGAACACUUUCCGGGGUAAUUGUUGGCCUUAAGUGUAGACAAAAUUACAUUCAAUUCAAUCUGUUGGUCUUCCUUUUCUGUACCGAGAUUAAUAAUCCUUUAAUUAAAUUUUGUACAACUGUGACCGUUGUAUAAUACGCAUGAGCCGAACCGUAAUCUAAGUAUCUCUAAGAAUGUGUUGAUUUCCUGAAUACAUUUAUUUUCAACUUAUUAUUGUAACUUCGCUCAACCAAACAAUCGAGAAACGCUAAUUUGUGGUCAUUGGACUCUACUUCAUUUGUUACCUUGAUGCUCUCCGAGAUGCUUACAUUUUCAAACAAUUCUUCAAAAUCAUUCCGUUUAAUGAAAAUGUCAUCUGCAUACCAUAACCAGACUUUUGGGGGAUUUACACAUCUUGUGGUCGCACUGGUUUCUAGAGAAUGCAUGCGUAAAUUCGCUACAAUCGAGAAACUGGUGAACCCAUUGCCACACUUUCUUUCUUCGGAAUGAAAAUAACGUCGGUCGUAAAUACAAUUCCAAAACACUUAAUAACUUCGGAAGGAUCUAACGGGCAUCGUAAAUUCAAAUCUGAGUCAGAUUAUAAACAAUCAUAAAUAAUAUCUCAUACUUUGUUGAUAGGUAAAUAAGUUAGAUUUAAAUUGACAAUAGAGGUAAUUUCGUUGUAAAUAACACUCAAAUGAACUAGAAGCCAUUAGAGUUCAUUUUAUAAAAGAAACAUUAGAAAUAUCUUUUCACAAAGCAAUCCAGAUUAAUUAAUGAAGGUUAACGACACCAAAUAACUUUACGACAAUCAAGACUUAUUUGAAUUUUGAAAAUAAGUAGAUACUCCUCUUUAAAUGAAUGAUUUCAACCCGACAGUAUAUGUAUUGAUAGUUAUAGGAUAUUUCUUUAAGAAAUUGUACAACAAGUGCCCUCACUUUAUAAUCCCACUGAUAACAAAAAGAAAUAACGCAGACAAACUGCUACCAAGUUCAAACAAAUAAAACUUACACAUCUAAUGUCGCUUGCUGGGUCACAGUUCCAACAACAGUCCUAACUGAACGAUGACUGUGAUCGUAUGCUCGUUUUAGAUCGGUAAACGUUUGUACGUAAUUUAUAUUUUUCAAAAUAUCCCAAUAAUUUUCUAUUAUAUGGGUAAUUAAUGAAGUUAUUUCUUCAGAGCGAAUAUAGUCAAAAAGUUCGAUAAUAGCUGAGUCCAACAGGUUGUAACGAUAUCCGUUGGAAACGAAGAGCUUCAAAACUGGUUUAAAAAGAUUGUUUUUGAUCAAAUAACGAUUAUAAAAUUCUUCUUUCAUAUGGACAACACGUCUUAGAAGGCGUAAAGCAGCUAAAAAUAGACAGCAGAUUAAUGCUGUGUAUGAGUGUACGUACUUAAAUAUGUUUCUGUUUUCUUUAAGCUACCUAGCUGGGUAUUAAAUUCACCAGCUACGAGUAUUUUGUCUCAGCGUUUAGCUUUCUGAAGUUCAGAUAGGUUUCUGUAAAAUUCAUCUUUCACUUUAUGUGAGCUGCAGUCGGUGGGAGCGUAGGCAGUGCUAUAACUUGUGUCUGCAGAUUAGAGGACAGCGUAUUAUCGAUCGGACCAAAGACGCGUAAACACGUAAGAACGGCCUGGAGUUCUGAUUGGUCCCGCUCCCCUCUCUAGCCCAGCCAUUUGAAUCCAGAACGCAAGUCUCAGCCUCUGAGAUAUGAAUCAUUAUAUUUCAAGCAUACUGAGUUUAUAUACCAAACAAACCGACCACAACGUACCAAUAAAGUAUGAAACAACAUUUGUACAAGAACUAGCCAGAUGUGGCUGUGAAUGAGGGAGGUAGUAAUCAAUAUACUGGCUAUAACUCAAGAAUGGUAAAACGUAUAAUAAUGGUUCAUAGGUCAAAAUAAAGCUCAUAAUAAGAGGGGCAUGAAUAUGAAUAGUUUAGUUACAUAAUAAUUAUACGAUAAAAAUAUGCUCAUAAUAUUGGUCCAUAAAUGGAUCCCAAAAAUUACGAUUCAUUAUUCUUAUCGGGAUACAACAGGCAGAAACGACAAAAAGGCAACGACGUGUGUCCCUAUCCUUCCUAGUUCCUACGGAGCCGUUUAGCCGAACAGCGCAUAAACGACUGUUAACGGGGAUCCACUCUAACAGUGCUUGUUCCGCCCUCAUGCUUAGUGCUAUGUCUACACCUGCCAGUCCACGAGAACUGGCCAUCGGGUCACCAGAUACACGGAGGGUGUAUCUCGUUGGCUCUCCGUUUUGCCGAGGUGAGGUCAAGUGAAUGACCACACUGGGAUCCUGUAUGCGUGUUUCGGAGACACAGCACACAUCAAUGGAAAGAAAUUCUAGGGUUCUAGCCAAGGAAGCCUGCUGACCGAUUUGACAUAGGGUGCGUACGUUGGAGGCUCCAAUGUGUAGUUUGGAGCGAGGUUUCAGUAGACCUGGGACAAUGUUUUGAGCACUAGAAUCGUUGGCUAUGGUGACAUUUGAGAAGGAAGCCGAAAGAGAAGGUUUAGCGUUGAAAGUCGAUGUAGGAGGAAUAACAGGAAUUGAAGAGGGAGGUUCAUUAUGAAUACAGUGGUCUUGAAUGCUGUUAGAGGUAUGAGGGCGGUUAUCACUUCCCGGUUGCCCACACCGAGGAAGGGUUCUUCUGGAGGUACCUGAAAAGGAAAUUGGAUUAGAGGUGGUUUUAGUGACCUGAGAGCGUGACCGCAGUGCCCAACGGACAACUGCUUGAGGUCAACCACACGCAACCAUUCUUGUUAGCUCCGUACUUGUUGAGACCUUAUCACCGAAGACGGACAUCCGUGGGGUAAGGCGGAGUGUGCAUUUUUUGGGUGGACUAUUUCUAACCCCACCCCUCCUCGUGGGAAAGCAACAUCGCUGUUAUGAUGGUUGUCCGGAGGAAACACCUUACUGCCGUCAUACCUCUUUACAGUCAGCAGUAUGACUUCGCCUUCGGACCUUGAGUUUGUUGCUUUUAGUUGUACCGCUCUUCAACCGACCUGUCUGACAUGGUAGGAUCUUGAGGAACGGUUGUUCCAGCCAGUAUAGCUCGAUUGGUUCAUUACGGCUGACAAGCGUGUCCAUCAACAUAAGGUGGCAGCAACAGUUUGAUUUUUAAGAAAAUUUAAAAUGUGUAAAUAGUGUAUUUAACGGAUUGUUUCCAUAUUCUACAAAGACAUAAUUUUACACAAUAAAAUUGAUCCUUCGUGGUCAGGUUUUCUUUCAGUGAAUACUGACCCCAACACAAUUCUCUAGUAUUUCGGGGAAGGAUGGUCGGCUGAAUAUUGGUUAGACUCAAAAUACUUGUCAUGAAAUGCGUGAUUUUUGCUAUGCUGCGCGUUCAGAGCCAGUUGUAGUACUGUCUCAUACGUUUCUGUGUGGUAGUCAAAGUUGCUGACUACUUUUGUUUCGCACUCAAACAUAUAGCUCAGAAAAGUAGACGUGAAAACCUACAUUCUAUUACUACGGAUGGUCACGUCGCCCGCUUUAGGAAAUAGAAGGGACGUUACCUUUUAGAUGGACUUUAUCAGUUAGCAGUCAACAUAUUUUUAUGUAAUUAAUGCUUUGAGAAGUAGAGCUAAUCGGGAAAUCUUUCGUUUCUUAGAAAAUCCUGUGAAUAAAAAUAAGUUAUUCUGUUACAAAUUCCGGAUAACUAGAUUUUGAUUACGAUAGGUUAGUUGUGUCAAAGUAGAAAAGAAACCACGUAGUUUCAUAAUGUAUAGUGUAUUCUUAUUCAAUGUGUACAGAUUUUGUUCCGUUCAAUGUUUACACAUUUUAGAUACUUUAGACACACUGCACUGACAAAGUACUUAACGACAAGCACAGGUACGUGAUGGUGUUUAAUCAGUAAAAAGUACAAUCUAAUAAACUGUACAGACGUUUUUUUUAAAAUAGAAAACAACCUCAUUAUCAAUUAAAUGAGUAAUAAGUAAAAACAAAAUUUUCAGUAUUUCUCUCGAUUUAGUUGAAUGUGUCCUCUAUACCCAGGAAAAGUUGGAUUGUACAUGAUUGAUCGUUCAUAAAUUUGUGUUCGUAAUAUCUCAGCUCGUUUCUAGAACAAAAUAGAAAAACUAAGUAAAUCAAAUAAUAGAAAUUGCGUUAAAAUAUUCUAGGAUAUGCUACUACUCAAUGGGACCGCUAACGAUGAAUCCUUGAUCUCCGCUGUUAAGAUAACUUACACGUUCAAUACUAGAAUUCGAAACGGCCCUUGUUCUUUUUUAUAAGUAGUCAAUCAGAACAAGGGAAAUAGCCAGUUAUUAAAUCAUAAAUUGCGUGGUUAUGAAAGUGAAAUGAUCACUAACAUAGGAUUUACGUCACUUGAUAAAAAAAAAUUCCAGUAGAUUAUACAGAAUAAUGACCCAACUAUUCGUUUCGCUCUGUGGUGUUGAAUACCUUCAAGGGAUUUUCCAAAAGAAAACCGCUCAUUAACUUCGACUUUUCAAUACAAAGUAGACUAUUUACAAUUUAAAAAACUUAGUGUUCGUGAAUGUCUAUUUCAAAAGGAUAAUUUACAUGUAGAACAAUUGUCAUAACUCUCGGUUUUCUUCGUAUACACAAAUGGGGCGUUAAUUUACCUCAGAAGAAUAUCUACACUAGAUACCUUCCCAAUGUCUAUUCUACAGGACUUUAACACAACUCGUGUCAAGAACAUGUGACUAGAACGUAAGUGUAUUUUCACAACAAAAACCGACAACACAAUAAUAAUUAUAAGGGUAGAAGAAUAUAUGACUCAUCUAACACCUGUCGGACUAUCUACUAGUCUGACUACGCAAACAACCAAUCAUUCUCGCCCACACAUCAGCAAUAGACUCAUCCUAUCUCGUUUUUGUUGUUCAGAGUACAUCUCCAAAAAUCCUUGUAAAGAAGGCUCUUCAACUGUCCUACUAUUUUACUUUUUCUCAUCGAAUUUUCUAUUUCCCCGCAGUUUUCUUACAUUUAUUAGAUUAGCAACUAUUCCGAUCAGUAAGCGUAAAAGAUCAUAAUUAACGGAGGAGCUUGAUUGUCACAUUGGUUUUACAUCAUCCUUGAAGUCUUCGCAGCCAUUGUUGAAAUCCCUGAUCUACUUGGGAAGUUCUUUUUAAUGCGUCAUCUCCAUUAAUAUAUUUUAAUAAGUCGUGAAUUACUUAAAAGCUUCACCAAAGACCCUGAAGUUUUGGGCAUUUGUUGAGCGGAUCAUUAAUGAAUGGGUUGAUCGUAUAACUUGAAGAAAGAAAGCAAUUCAGCGAAGAAAAAAUGUACAGAGGACACGAUCGAUAUCGAACUUUAUAAGCUACGUCAGAUAUUGAUCAACAAUGAAUAUCCAUUGAAUAUAGGUAUCAUUACCAAGGUUUGACUUGACAAUUUCGAAUAAAUUGAGCAUUGGGUAGAUUGAUGUAAAUAAACUAAUAUAUUUGUAAUAUCCCAAAGAGUAGAAAAAUUAAAUUUUCUGAUGUUUCGUGACUCAGUGUGAGCCACUUCUUCAGAGAAUAAAUAACCAAAUCAAAAUUAAUUUUGACUCGGUUAUUUAUUUACUUAUUGAAUGCCAUUAAGAAAAACCUGAAACCGAAACAACGACGUGAGUGUCCAUAACACUAAAGGAGAUUCUCUUCAUAAAUAUCCAAUUUAAGGGAGGUAAUACAACAAAAAUUCUGAAAGACAGACUUUCGAGAUCUCUGAGAAAAAUAUUCUAUUCGACUGAACUUUGUAUUAUCUUUUCUAGUCGGCCUAUGAUUCGAAGUUGUUGAAGGAUAAGCUCACACUUUGGGCCAAAUCAGUGUGCAUUUAUCAGUUUACUUGUCAACGUGGAGCAGAUUAUGUUGGCCACAAAAAACGAGCUUCUUCGAAACGCAUCUCCGAACGUCAUCCUGUUUGGUUUUCUAAAUGAUUGCAGAAGUCAUUUAGAAGCUCAAUUUUGGAACAUCUAGCUAGUUUUGGCCACUCCCCUUUACCAAAAGCUUUCAAAAUCAUAUAGUCAGAAAAGUCGGCUCAAUAGGAACGCAAAUGAAAAACUUAUGUAGAGCAGAGGUUAGUGCUAAGCCUAACCUUUGCGUACAAAAACAGUAUAUUCAGUCCCUCACUCUUCCAUGGUCAUAAUCGGCCUUUCUUUCAUAAUCGAUCGUUUUUUAUUCCAUUAUUUCUACUCCUAAUUAUUUUCACAACUAUUAAUCAGUAACUAUUACAACUCUCAAUUAUGUUGUUUUUAAUAGUCAUCACGUGGACAGUUAUCUUCACCUUACGUAACUUCCUUCCAAUAUCUGAUUUUAAUUGAUGACAAGACACCAUUUCAAGUUUUUAAAUAUUCCAUUUGAAUAUAGACUACUAUUUUAGCAAAUAAAAUUAACUUUAAGCACGAUUGUACAGCUUAAGUAAACGAAAUCGUCGAAAAAAGUUUUCGCUGAACGGCCUUUCUUCUUCUUCAAUGAUCGUAUAACUGUUACACCUAGUACUUGGACGCUAGAAACUGACCUUCUAACUGCCUCGUUUCCUGAGAAUUCUCGUACACUUGAACGCCGAAUAAAAGACAAAAAGCGAGAAACAUACUAAAUUUAGUACCAAGGUGUGUAAUUAUCUGUUGUUUUUCUGGAAAUGUCUGUCCAAUAUCCGCUUACUGAAUUUUUUAGCCUAUUCCUUAGCUUUUGAAGACUUUUGAGGGCUCUUAACAAAAGCAUAUUAGAUAUAUAUUUCUAACAGUUUUGGCAAUUAUAUUUUAGUGAAGUUAUGAGCUAAAUAGAAUAAUGGAAAAAAGGUAUAAGAUCAAAACAAAUGAAUAUCAGAAUAUUUAUUUUAUGAGGAUUGACUUGUCUCAAUCAGUAAACCUUCGGAGACAACGAUGGCCGAACACAGUCGUCUAACAUCAUCGGCUCACAGUUGCCCAUUGUCGCGAGGAUAGAGUCGAGGUGCUCUUACCAAUGCAUUGUAAACGCAAUCUUUUGAAGUCAGACUAACAUCACGAAGGCGUCAAAGAUGGCAUACGCCGCUCUGGCUUUGAUUAAUGUACGCUGAUCUCAUUUAACUCACUACCAACACACACAAAUAACCUGAUAGACGCGCUUCUUUACUUCUAACGGUCCACUUCUGAGUGAGUGCUGGUAUGCACUCAUGACAAUCUUAUAAAAGUACUUUGCAACUAGGUCCAAUUUGCCGUCCUAAAGGAAACAGAUCGACAACUAAUUAAGUGCCACUUUUAUAGUUAGUGUACGAUUGAACAGGACUGCAGUUUCAUCCAUAUACUCAAGAUCGAUAAAAUCCACACCAAUAUUACCUAAAUCCAUCAGAGCUGUUUUUAGAACGUUAUCGAUGAUACAGGUGGAGAACAAUGGUGGAAUCAGAUAACCCCACCGCAUGAAUGGAAUAAUGGACAGAGUUGGUUGCAUACCCUCAUUCUGCAUAAGGUGUUUGUGUACAGAACCUUCAAGAUAUUAGCAAAUUCUGCAGAAACACCCUACUUCAGAAUAAUACUAGACAAAGUCCAUUCCAACGAACUGAAGGCGUCUCUGAUAUCAAGAAUAACAACUAUUGUUAACCUGCAAUGAAUGUGGCGGUGCUCUUAAAUUUGACAGAGUGAAAAUACGAUCGAUAUACCCAUGGGCCUGAGCCUAUCGCGAUAAACCUAGGCCAUAAAGAUGAAUUCAUCGUUUUAUAUAAAAACAGUGCCACAUACGUAUCAUAUUGAAGAAUAACUCGUUUUAUAUAAAACAGUUAACUGGGAUAUCGAGUUCUGACCAAAUAUUUACUAAUAACUUUUAGUUUUAAUCAGGACAGUAAUAAAUGAAAGACUUCAGUUACUUGACUGUUUCCAGAAGCUUUAUGACGAUGUACUGAACUGUUGAGAAAAUAACCGCUAAAACAAGAUAUCUCAACUUGACUGUGUUAAAAAGUAUAAAUAAUUUGUAUCAAGUGACGGAAAUUUAUCUCAAGAGAUGAUAACUAAGAAGUGAACGGUUCAGAAAAUUUUUAUCAGACUUUUAUUACAAACAUGUGUUGAAAAUUUCAUAUUGUACUAAACAUUUAAUGUUGAAUAAACUGAUCAUAAUUAUUAAGGCUCUGGAUAGUCUGACUGAAAUUCUGCCGUAACCCCAUAGGUCCAUUCAUUUUUAAUCGUGCUAGAAAUCUUCAACAUAUCUUUCAAUUAUGUCCCGUAUGUUUGUCAUACUAUCCUUUUCUACUUUACAUGGAUUGUUUUUUACUGUGUUAUCUAUCAUGAACUGUGUAUAUAUGAGAAUUGAAUUGAGGCAUUUUUUAGAGCAGACAUUCUUCUGCCACGUUACUACUAUAGUAUACUUGAU